AUGGGGAUGGUCUUGGUUGGAAGAAUGAAUAUGUACUCUUACCUUGAUAAUGAAGGUAAAAGGAUAGAGUUAAGAUCAUUGUUGCUUUGGGAGAGUGAGAGUAUCACGCUUAAGAGACGUGUGCUUGAGAAUGAAGUUUGCAAAGUGAAUACCGUACUUGUCACUAAAAAUGAUGGAGUACUGGUGGAAGGUGAAUUGAGUGGUGGUGUCGGAGGAACCCUCAACGCUAACCAUGAUUUAUCGUUUGUUCAUUUUGUAGGUACUCGUGAUUCGAGGAUGAAUCCUUUUCAUGAAGGGGAGGAUGAUGAGAAUCAUAGGACUUCCCAUCGAAGUUUAAACCAAAUGAAGGAGCAAAAGGUGGUAUUGUCUAUUGGUGGACCGAGAUUGGUUCCUUUUAAGUCUAGAAGAAAGUUUCCUGUGAGAAAUUGGCCUUUUUUGAAGGAAUUAUCACCUCAUCCUUCUAGUAGGAGCAAUGAGGAGAAAGAAGAAUCGCUUAAUCAAGAUCAAGUGUCAAAAGAGUCAAGUGAUGACUUUGCAAACAAUUGGAAUGAUUCAAGUGAUGAAGAUUCAAGUGAUGUUGUUGAGAUCGAUGCUAGUAAGUUUGUCCCAAAGAAUAAGCGUCAUGAAGACACUGAAGAUGCACAUUCAAAUGUGUAG